CUGGCCCGCAAUGCCGAGCACUCACUGCCUCACUACCUGGGCGCGCUGGAGCGGCUGGACUACCCCAGGGCCAGGCUGGCCCUCUGGUGUAAGUUGGGCCCAACCGCUCUUGCUCCAGCCCACCAGAGCUGAAACUUAAGCCGUGGGACCUGUGGUCGGCCUGACAGAGUGGAGCCAAGAGGAGCAGCUGGCAUCCCCUGGGGCCUGAUGUGGCAGAGUUCAGCAGGCCUGGGAGUUCCUGGGGAGCCCAUAGGGGUGCUGUCAGCCCUGGGCUCCAUGCUGCUUUAUGAGGGGGUCACAACCGCUCCCCCUUCCCCAGGCUGGUUCCAGCCUCUUUCAGAAGAGGGGCUGAGUCCUGCUGGCCAAGGGCAAAGCCCCUUCCUGCGUCUCUCCCCCUAGGUGUCCCCACAGGGCCCUGGAAUUAGAGGCCACAGUCUGUGGAAGCCAGAACAGGGAGGAGUCCCAAGCUGAGGUUGGGGAUAAACUGAGAGAAGUGACCAAACUACCCUCCCCAACUCACCAGAGUUGGGCUGGGGGGUGGAGCUGUGGCCUGGGGAGGCCGCCCACAAUUACCAGUCCAGGAGUUUAGUUAGUUCCCACCCCCAAAAGACUUGACACGUAGUUAGUCUUCAGUUCUGGAGGCUUGGCUUAAAGGGGCAGCAUCACCGAAAACCUGGGCUCUUGGCUAAGGCCCCCUUGCCCCGCUCUGUCAUGAGAGCUCCUUCAAAGAGGCUGUGCGAGGUGACCUUGGAGCUCAGGCCCAUCAGGUCUUCUCAGGGAUGCUCAGAGUGUGGUUUGGUCCUUAUUACAACUUCCUGGUGGAGGGAAGCAGCAGCUCCUCUGCCCAGUCCUGCCUCAGAGAGGGGAGGGGACUAACCUGAGGUCACAGAGCAGGGAAGGAAGAAAACCAGAGAAUAUGGCAGGUGUGUUCCUCAAAGUUGAAGGCCUUCUCAUCUUUCAAAAUGCAUUUGAGUGGCUGCAGACAGCCUCCUGGGGAGCAUAUGCAGCCUGUUGCCUAUCCAGGUUGCCCUAAGGAACCCUGGAGACAGCCCUUUCCAGUGGACAUUCAUGACUGGCAUGCUGUCCCCAAAUCUAGGCUUCAGACUGGUAAGUGUGGCAGAAAGCCCCAGGACACAGUGGCCAGGGUCCACACUGACCAAGUCAUAAUGCCCAUCGGUACCAAGCUUCUGAACAAGGAACAUGUGACUGAGGCCCUCUGUAGGGCCAAGUUCAAGUUCCCUGCCGCCAGUCGAUCCACAUCUUCAAGAAGUGGGGAUUUACUAAGUUUAAGGCUGGUGAACUUGAAAGCAUGGUGGCAGAAAAACAGCUCAUCCCGAUGGCUUUGGGGCCAAAUACAUCCUUCCCUCUGCACAAAUGGUAGGUCUUGCAUUCAUGAGAGCCUUGGCGCUGUCCCCUCCUUACUCAUGCCCACCAAUAAAUCCUAGUUGCCUGUCCAAAAAAAAAAAAAAAAAAUGCUGCAUUUGACUUCUGUCACCUCAGCCCCUGAGCUUGCCAGGAUGGCUUUUAGUUACAGAGGGAGAACGUGAGCCCGGAGAGGGUCUGGACCUGCCUGGGGUCACACAGUGGAACACAGACCUAUGAUUGGGACCUGGCUGCCCGCCUUCCUCUGUAGCACACCUACCUCCUCUGCUUCCAGGAGAGGCCAGUCCUGCGGGAGUUGGUGCUCCAGGGGUCAAGACUGCCUUAGAGUUUGGUCCCUUGGUGGCUGUGCCACCCCUCCCCCACCCUCCUUCCUCCUGUGUCCCCAGGUGUGCCACGGACCACAAUGUGGACAACACUACAGCGAUGCUACGGGAGUGGCUGGCUGCUGUGGGUGAUGACUAUGCAGCUGUGGUCUGGAGGCCCGAGGGAGAGCCCAGGUCCUACCCAGAUGAAGAAGGCCCUAAGCACUGGACCAAAGAAAGGCAUCAGUUCCUGAUGGAGCUGAAACAGGAAGCCCUGACCUUUGCCAGGGACUGGGGGGCAGACUAUAUCCUGUUUGCAGACACAGACAACAUUCUGACCAACAACCAGACGCUGCAGCUUCUGAUCGAGCAGGGGCUGCCGGUGGUGGCCCCGAUGCUGGACUCUCAGACCUACUACUCCAAUUUCUGGUGUGGAAUCACCCCCCAGGGCUACUACCGCCGCACUGCCGACUACUUUCCUACCAAGAACCGCCAGCGCCGGGGCUGCUUCUGCGUCCCCAUGGUCCACUCCACCUUCCUGGUAUCCCUGCGGGCUGAAGGGACGGCCCAGCUGGCCUUCUACCCGCCUCACCCCAACUAUACCUGGCCCUUCGACGACAUCAUCGUCUUUGCCUACGCCUGUCAGGCUGCUGGGGUCUCAGUCCACGUGUGCAACGAGCAGCGUUAUGGGUACCUGAACGUGCCUGUGAAAUCCCACCAGGGGCUGGAGGACGAGAGAGUCAACUUCAUCCACCUGAUCCUCGAGGCGCUGGUGGAUGGGCCUCCCAUGUGGGCCUCGGCUCAUGUGUCCCGGCCCCCAAAGAGGCCCAGCAAGAUGGGGUUUGAUGAGGUGUUUGUCAUCAGCCUGGCCCGCCGGCCCGACCGCCGAGAGCGCAUGCUGACUUCGCUCUGGGAGAUGGAGGUCUCUGGGCGGGUGGUGGACGCCGUGGAUGGCCGGAUGCUCAACAGCAGUGUCAUGAGGACCCUUGGCGUGGAGCUGCUCCCCGGCUACCAGGACCCCUACUCGGGCCGCACGCUGACCAAGGGGGAGGUGGGCUGCUUCCUCAGCCACUACUCCAUCUGGGAGGAGGUUGUCACCAGGGGCCUGGCCCAGGUCGUGGUAUUUGAGGACGACGUACGCUUUGAGAGCAAUUUCAAGGGGCGACUGGAGCAGCUGAUGGAAGAGGUGGAGGCGGAGAAACUUCCUUGGGACUUGAUCUACCUCGGCCGGAAGCAGGUGAACCCCGAGGAGGAGGCAGUCGUGGAGGGGCUGCCGCACCUGGUGGUGGCCGGCUACUCCUACUGGACACUGGCGUAUGUCCUGAGCCUGGCGGGCGCCCGCAAGCUGCUGGCCUCCCAGCCGCUGCGCCGAAUGCUGCCUGUGGAUGAGUUCCUGCCCAUCAUGUUUGACCAGCACCCCAAUGAGCAGUACAAGGCACACUUCUGGCCGCGGGACCUGCAGGCCUUCUCAGCCAGGCCCCUGCUCGCGGCCCCAACCCACUAUGCAGGGGACGCCGGGUGGCUCAGCGACACCGAGACAUCCUCGCCCUGGGACGAUGACAGUGGCCGCCUCAUCAGCUGGACCGGCUCCUACAAGACCCUGCGCGGCCCCCGCCUGGAUCUGGCGGGCAGCAGUGGGCACAGCCUCCAUCCCCACCCCCGGGAUGAGCUCUAGGGCUAGACAGUGACUCCAGAGGUGUGCCCGGGAGCAGACCACAGCUGUCCAGGGGGCACAGCAAGAGCCACCCCUAGGAACCACAGACCCAGUAGAGACCUGGCUGUUCCCUUGGGCGUGGCCUGUCUGCCCUCUGGACCUGUCUUCCAUCAGGAGAAACCACUGAGAUGGGUCCCCUUCCCCCAAGGCCACGUAGCGUAAGGGCAGGGCUCAUAGGCCCUCUUCCUUGCCAGUCUGAUUAAGGGCCUCGGGUGGAGGGAGGAAGGGAAGCCCCAACCCCCAGCCUUCAGCGUCAAGCUGGGCAGACCCAGGAGGCGUGCCCACCACUAAGGACCCAGCUGCAGUGGCCCCUCUGCCCCCUUCUACCUCGCCAUCAGCUCCCUACCCAGCUUAUCAGCUGGGUCUCACAUGCCACCCUCUUGCCUGGCCAGUGGGAAGUGCAGGGAGAUGGGAGGAGGACCUAGCACACAGUAGGCCCUCAAUAAAAGCUGGCUGGUGUUGCACUUUAUACUUUUUAA